UGGGCAGUAUCUCCCAGGUCGCCCUCACCCCUCCCGCUGGGCAGCUGGACUGGGAGGGGACGCCCACCACCUAGAAUAUGGGGGAGCUGCGGGGCGCAGGGCAGGGGAUGGGAAGCCAGGCAGGAGCCGGGAGAGAGGUACAGCGCCGGGGGCAGCAACGUCUCCUCGCGACAGGAUCUCCCCCGACGGGCGGGAGGCUCAGUCUCCCUGCCACUUGGCGAGCCACUUCCCCGUCUUUGGGCCUCAGUGUACUCGUCUGCAACAUGGAGGAUCUGUCUGAUGUACUCCGGGGCCUUGCAGGGGUACAGUCCUGGAGAGCCAGGCCCAGUCUCAACUCAACCCACAGAGACCUCACACAGCCGCCCGAGAAGUCAGGAGAUGGGAGCAUUAUGCUCAGAAACCGAAGAGCUCUUCCGAGAUCUCCAGCGUAGAGUCCAGGCUUCCGAAGCAUGCAGCCUCCUAACACGUAUGUGGUCACAUGUGCAAAGACCUUUAUUAAAAAAUAUUCAGAGCAGUAUUUCUGUAGGAAAUCACACUAGCAUUUACAACCAAACAUGGCUGAUAAAAUUGAUCUUGCUGUGGAUGGUGAGGAUUUGAACUGCAAUAAAGGAGAUGAGGCCUU